AUGCCUUCUUCUCCUCUAGAUAGGCCCGUUUUGGGCCCCUCGAGCGUCCCCCAGGGGUCUUACGAAAGUGCCGAAGCAACUGGAAGAGCCCCCAAAGCCCCCCAUGGCUCGGGGGGGGGUCCCCUGGCAGCCCCCGCAGCGCCUAAGGAGCAGGGCGAGGCCAUCUCUGCAGCUCGAAAGAAUCCACAUUAUGGAGAAGAUGUGGAUGAUAAGAUCGUCGGGACGGGGUGCUCUGAUGAGUAUGCGAAGCUGCAGGACUGUUUGGAUGAAACGGACAAACGUACAGCGUUGAGAGUAGGAGACACCUGCGACCCCGCGGGGGGGAGAACCUUCAGCGCGCUGCAGUCAAUAGCCUAUGGAGGCCGAAAAGGAGGAGAGAUAACGAGAGAAAAGGCGGGUUGCGCAAGCCGCCGGUGCAGGGAGGCAGGGAAGCGUCCGCCCUAA